CAUCCACAGAACCCCACAGGUUAUUUGCAGCGGCACGUAGGACUUGCAGGAGACCUACGUGUUGACAUUGUGACAAGCAUCUCGUGUGUGUGUGCAAGGAUUUCAACCGAAUCGAAGAUCCAGGCGCUCCAGACACGAAACAGCAAAUCGACGGCAACAAAGGCGAGCACCAUACUGAGUUGCUGUCAUUUAACGUGAAGCAAAGACACACGAAGCUGGACCGCCUGAAAAACGCACUGCAAUACGAUCGCCAUGCGGAUACCACGGCAAGUUCCCGGCGGCGCUGCUGAGCCCAUUUGGAAAUUGGCUACCAGAGCAGCGAUCAAACUCAUGUCUACGGCUCUAUAUUCGAAGAGGUUCAUCGGCGCGUCGGCGCUAUUGCUUUACGGAUACGCGUCGUACCCGAUUGCGGAGCCCACCAGUACACACUCACUGCGAUUGGCACAAGGUCUGGACGCCCAUGAACUCGACCGCAACGACCCCUUUGCUAUCAACGUGCGGAAAAUUGCAGCCCGUGUGGGCGUCAAGAACCCGGAACGAAUCUCCAUCCGCGUAGGCGAGCAGUCCGCCGGUGCCUCCAUGGGAGCCAACCUCACUGUCGGCCAGCGUGGUGCAUGCAUCGUGCUGCCUAUGGAGUUGUAUGACGCGUUCUACGCACCUGCGCACCUGCAUGCCAAGUAUGAUAUUCCCAAGCGCGACGAGAUCGACUUUGUUCUGGCACACGAAAGCGCACACAUUGCCAAGAACCACUCCAUGUUCACGGGUGCCUUCCUGCCGGCAUCGCUAGUGGGUAGCUGUGUUGCGAUUCACAAGAUCCCCAACAAACUUGUUGCAGGAAUUGUAGGUGUAUUGGGCAUCGUGGGUGGCAACUUGUACCUGUCUUGGAGUCUGGAGCACGAAGCUGAUCAGGUGGCUGCUGAGAGUGGCUUCGCGAGUGGUGGCAUCAAUUGCUUCCAGCGGAAACUGUCCCGCAACUGCGAGAUGCGCUCGGUGCUCAAGACUUGGAUGAUCACUGAAAAAGGCAACUACUUGGGCGACACUUCGCAUCCGCUUCUGACGUCCCGCAUUGAGCGGCUCAAACUGCUGACCUCUGCGGAGACAAUAAAGCUUGUAGUCGCCACCGAGGAUGAUAGGAGGGAAGACAAUACGUGCUGAUUUCCGCAGCUUGUCGAGAUGCGAGGUCGACACCUCCACCGGUUCGAGCGCAGAACAUUUUGUAACUUAAGAGAAUUUAUGAUUUACUUUACCUGAUUGC